ACAACAAAUAAAGCGAAGGCAGGAAACGGUAGGGGGCUCAUUGUGGCUGAGCUUUAGUGUAAAAAUGUGGAAGACCAACAUGAAGGCCAGCAUCGCGUUCGUUGUUGUCGCCGUUUGGCUCUUAAAGGUCAACGCAGAUGUGAGCUUCAUGCAGCUGUCGGAAAAGCAGUCUUUGGAGCUCUCGUGCCCCUCUCAGAAGGACCACGGCGACCUGACAAGUUUACACGUGUACCACCGCCGAGGCCCCGCUCAGACCACCCUGCUGUCCCUGGCUCGGGGGGGUGACGAUGAGCUCAGGCUGGACCCCGACUACAAGACACGCUUGCUGGUGUCCGCAGGGAGCAAUGGCACACGGGUCAAGGUUAUCCUGUCGCAUUUGGAGCAAAGGGACUCGGGGCUGUAUGUGUGUGAAAAACGAGACAACGGCUCGGAGCGCGUCUUCAUCACUCAGCUCUUCUUGCUGGUCGACGCCUCAGGGAUGCCAUGUCGGUGCUCUUCAAGCUACCCCCCUCUGCUCAUGACCAUCUUUUCAGCGACGGGCCUCAUUCUGAUCAUACUCUUGUGGCUUGCCGUGGGAGAACGUGUGAAGGCAAGGCGUCCUCCUGCCACGGGGCCACCUGCUGUCCCCGUUUAUGAGGAAAUGACCAGGAAGCAGCAAAACUCGGGCGUGCCCCCAAACAAGCAGGAUGCUCUGGAUGAGGUCACGUCUCCAUUGUAUGCAAACACGCUCGUGAGACAAACACAAGACAACGACUACGCCUGCCCGAGACACAUCGCCCUCAGAGCCUGAAUGGAAUUCCCACACAAUAAUUUUGCAUCAGUGGCACAUGACCGUUCGACAGCAAAUUUAAUGCGCAGGUAGACAAAUUUAACGCUUAUUAUUGUAAAUUGAGGGGCUCGUUGUUUUUAACGGACGGCUCUACUUUACGAACGGCAAAAGGAGGGGAUUCCGUUUGAAUGUAGCUUUAUUGAAACCGCAGCACGAUCGAGAACACACCUACCAACGAAAACACUUCCUGCUUUUUUUCUUCCGCCAAUCAGACGCUAUCAACAUAAAAACACGUCUAAGCAAUUAUUACACGACGGAAUAUAAAUUAGGUGUUCUUAACGUGAAAUAAUAUAAUGCUCAAACAUAAAAUUAUAAUAAUUGAUAUAACAUAAGCUUACAUUAUCAUGACUUUAUUUCGUGCGGUAACCGUGGUUCUCUCGGUUCGAUGUCGAAGUGUUCGCUUGAAAACGUCAAGGCCGUAUCCAAGAAGUAGCCGUCGGUUUGUCAGGUUGGGUGACCCGUGAUUCAGGAGUCUUUUUAUAAGCCUGUCGUGACUGUUUAAAAAUAAUUGACCCCCCCCCCCACCCCAAAACAGAGAGCACUUUUUUUUUCUUAAACAGCCGAGAAAAAAAAUGCUAUUUUAUUAAUAUCUGAAAGAAGCUCCAUAGUUCAUGAAAACAUUUGUUUUUCGGUGCAUGUUGUUUGAACAAUCACAUUCUAUGAGGAGAAAGAUAUACAGAGAGAGAAAAAUCAAAAAGAAAACAUUACAAGCCACUGACUUUGAAAAUCAUUAAAUCUCAGUACAGACAUUUUUUUUCUGAAUACCCCUGCCCAAAAAAAGCAGCCCUAAUUCCAAACCCCCGCUGAUACCCCCCCCCCCGAAAAAAAAACAAAAACAACUAAACCCCAUAAAAACCUUGAGGGUGACAGGCUGGAAUCCCACAGUGCUAAAGAGUGAGACGCUCAUUGGUUUUUCGGAAUACACAGCAUGGCGAUGUAACGCUAGGUCGAUCGGAAUCAGGGGACAAAAA